AUGGUACAAAACGGAAAAAAGAAAAAAAAAUGUCGUAUCCAGAAAAUCAUUCAGUUACUCGAAAACAACGAAGAAGACGAGCAAAGCCUAAUCCCGCACAUCAUCGAAAUAGAGCAAAUAUUCUUCGAAUGUUUUAACAAUGAAAAUAAGAAAAAUCGAAGGAUAAUUAACACAUACGUCAUUCCGUAUGUAAACCUACUUCUAGAUCGAGUAGAUAAGGGGGAUGCAAAAAUUAAUUUCCCCUUUAAGGAAAAAUUGCUAACAAGAACAUUAACCUUCCUCUCAUCUGUCCUACGGAUUAACAGAAAUUAUGCACACUUAGUUGUCUCCUACUUUGUAAACCUAAUUGAACAAAAGUAUUAUGUUGUAAAAAUUGUUGAGCAUUUAAAAAAAAUUAUCAUCCCUUUAUUGAAAGGUCUUAUAUUUUGGAAAGGCUAUUUACACGACUGUGCAGAUACUUCCAUCUACGAUAAUGAUGAAGAAAGGGAGGAAGAAAAAAAGAACGAAUUGAAUAAUAUCAAACAAGGCUUCCACAAUUAUGCCAUACUCAAAAGCAAAAUUUUUAACAUCCUAACGAACUUCCACUUCGAUAAAGGUAUAACGGAAAACCCAUACAAAUAUGAAUUAAUAAAAAACUUGAUGCUAAUUUUGACCAAGGAAAUUUUAUUUUUUUUUCACAUUUUAAAAAAUAAAAAAAAUAUAUUUAAAGAAAUAUUAUGUGAGCAGAAAAAAGUGCACCAUGUCAUUAACCAAGUCUUCGACAUAGCAUACCUCGAUGUUGUUACAGACAAAGUUAAUAUGAACAGUUAUGAUGAAAUUAUUAUGAUAUGGCUCGAGCAGGACAUUCAACUCUUAAACGAUUUGAUUCUUUUUAACCUUAGUAAAAGUGGAAAUAAUAUUAAUGAUAUUUCCAAGAAUGAAUUAUCUCUGCAAAAAGUAAAGGAAGAGUUGGGGGGAAAAUCAUCCCGCGAUGGUUCCAUCCAGGCGGUUGCAAAAAAAAGGGGGAGAAAGAAAAAAUUAAAAUCUGAGCAAAAUGUGAAAACGGAAUGCAUAAUUAAGCGCGAAGACGAUGGGGAAGAAACGGCUAUAAAGGAAGAACAUAAUAGCUGGGAUGAGGAGGUACCCAAGUUGGAAAUUUUUAACAAAUUGAUAGCCCAAUUUAAUGGAGGGUAUACACCCCACGGGGGAAAAAACGAAAACGCAGAUGACGGGAAAUAUGUAACGUGCGAAAAUGCACACGAAAGUGUAUUCGAAAAUAUGUACGAAUGGGCUUACCAAUACGGGGUCGAAGGUGCGCAAGGAACUUGCCCUUCUGAUACUCUCCCUGAGGAAGAAGCGAUAGAGGAUUUUCACCAACUAGCGAAAAAGUAUAUCAUAAGUACAGACUGUCUAAUAUGCACUAUUGAUGAAAUCACAACAGACAACAUCGUUUUCCUUACACAUUUGAUGAGAAAUGUGUUCUACCUAAUCCGUGAAGUCCCUUUUGUAUUCAAUUUUUUCCUUAAGAAUAUAUUCAUAAUGGUGAGUGAAUUGAUGCAAAUACAAGGAAGUGCAGCGAAGGGGGAAAAGCGCAUCGACGGUUGUGAAGAGGAUGCCUUUACGGAGGAUGAUCAGAUUGCCGCCUCGCACGACGAAACAGGGCUAAGCAGUUACAAGAAGAAACUCUUUAACUGCAUGAUUCAGUACAUAAAAAACGAACUGUAUUUGCUAAUAUGCACAAGUAGCGUAAAUUUCCCCUUCUUUUACGCAUACGUUACGAGCUUGCUAAACUUAUUGGGGGAAAAAGGCAGUACAGAGGAAUUAGUAAGAAAAAAAAAGGCAUCCAUAAAGAGCACCCUGUUAGAGGAUGAAAAGGAAAAAAAGAGGAAGAUGCACGAAAAUAAUUUGAACUACAAUUGUGAAUAUUUAAAAACAAAUGUUUUGAGGAAGGAUUUCUAUGGGUAUAAAAAAUUAAAAAACGAGCAGGUGGACAUCAUGUCCUACCUAAAGGUAAAAAUGGACGAAAGCGAAAAUGAGCAGGAAAACGUGAGCGAAAAUAAGAGGGACGAUUUUAUUAAAAAAGAGGAAAAGGAAAAUAUAUUUAUAAAUCAAAUUGUGAAAAAAUUAUAUCUCACAAAUUUUAAACUGGACAAGGAGUAUUAUGAAAGGUUCGACUGUUCCAGAAGGAGCAACGUGAAGGAUCUGUUUUGUCAGAGAAGGAAGGGACCAAACAAGAGUACAACAGAUCUUUGCGAUUUUUAUGCCUACGAUCCGGAUGUGUCGCAGAAGGAUGAGAUGUACAUCGACAACAAUGUUCUGAGGAACACGGAGACGGUUUGUGAGGCGAAGCCUUCUAUAGACGAAAACUCUGUUGGUCAAAACGUUAGCAACGAUGCAGGUGCAGGUGCAGGUGCAGGUGCAGAUGCAGAUGCAUACGCAGGGGAAAUCUCCAACGGAGGAAACGCAAACCACAUUAUGCCACAUAGCGCAGACACGAACAUAGUAUCAAACGGGAAUGAGAAAAAUACCCAAGCUCACAUUCUCGGAAGAAACUACAAAGGUAUGUACGCCAACUUUUUAAAGGACGAUCUGAAAUAUUACAACAAUGUUAAAUCGAAUGACAGCAUCUUGGGCACACUGGAAUUGUAUUACUUUCUCAUUUUUUCACAAAUCCUCAACAAUAACUUGGAAAAUAAUGUUCCAGUGUUGGGUGAAAAUAUCUUCAUCAAAAGGAUUAAUAAUUUAAAAGUUAUAAAUAACGUAAUUAAGAGGAUAAUUUUAAAUGACAUGAUGAAGGAAAAGCUGAAAUUUUAUUUUCUCAUUUUGUACUUGGUGAAGAUUAACACCGUGUGUAUAUUCAAGGGAAAGGACCCCAGCGAUAUUUUCCUAAAUUAUUCCGCCAUAUUUAAAAUUUUUAACAAUUUAUUGUUUUUUUCAUACAUCCAGGAUGAAAAAAAAAAAAAAAAAAAAAAACAGAUAAAAGAGGCAGAUCAGCACAAACGCCGAGCAGAUUCCGCAUACCAAACGCAUGACCACCGUCAUUGUGAUCAUACGUUAGGUUACACAACAUUCUGCUAUAAUUAUUUGGAUAAAUUAAAAAAUAAAAUAAAAACAAAAGGAUACGCUUACAGACAAGAACUACAGAAGAGCAAAUUCAAAUCCAAAUGCAAAUAUGAUGAAAUCUUAAAUAUCAUGAUUUUUUUUUUACAUAAUGAUAAAUUAUUAGCUAACCAUCGAGAUCAGUAUAUUAAAACUUUCAUUGAACAAAUCCUGGAGACCCCUAAGUUGACCUUCUCCUUUUUUAUCUACCUAAUAAUAUGGCUCAAUAAUAUAGAUGUGCAUAUAGAUUACACUGGCUACAUUAACAAUUCAAAUAGUGGCCAUAUAUCCCUUACCGAAGGGGGCGUGAAUAAAGGGGAAAUAAUGAACCAAGUAGUAGGGGAGGCUCAUGGGAAAAUGGGAGAGAUACCCUGCGAAGGAGAAAAUGCCAACAUGAGUCAGACAAAGCAAUUCAGAAGUAAUAAAAACGAAGAUGAACACAACACAGUAGCAAAUGAAGGGGGGGGAUAUCACACGUCGAAUGGUUGUGACCCCCACUCUGUAAUUUCUUACGAUGGGAAAAAAGUUAAACAAGAUAAGAACUACCCGUUUGAUGAGCACACCUGCAGCGUGUCGUCAGAUGGAUCUGUCUCUCACUUCGAUGUUGAAUUAAGUGAAAGUGAUGACACAGAGAAUUAUGAAAAUGAAGAAAAUAAAAUGGACACAUUCAAUGCGGAGGAGAAGAACAAAACGAUGGACAACAGCCAAAGUGAUGAUUCACACAAAAGUUUUAUUUCCCAUGAAAGUGAAAGUUUACAAAAUGGUGAUACCAUCGUAGGGGUACUACCGAGAGGAAAUCUUGCCAAUGUAUCAAUCUGCACUAAAGAAAUGAACCAGGAAAAUAACACUGGAGAAGCAAAUAUAUAUAAUGAUAUUAUUUCCAGUGGGGAGGAAAUGCAGAAACAAAGUGGCGCGUAUAAAAUUGCCACAACGAAGAAUUCUCAUAAGAAGAAGGAAAAAAAUGAUGAUGCCUGUGUCAUCACAAAUAAGGAAAAUGAAGUGAACGAACAUAUUUUUAACAUCAAUUAUUAUAUUAAGUACUCCCCCAAGGUGCAAAGCGCUUCAAAUUAUUACAUUUUUUGCUUUUCCCUAAUUUCCAAUUUGUUGAAGAAAAAUCAAAACAUAAGAGCGAAGAAAACUAUUUUAGCUAUCUAUAUAAACACUCUAUUUAAAUCUAGCAACGAAAUUAGGAAUCUUUUAAAAAAACUCAUAACUGCAGCCAAGGGAAUUUACAACAAUGCGUUAAGCUUUUUUGUUUAUACUAAAAGAGUAUACAGAUUUUAUCACCAAGUUUUUAUUUUAUUUUUACUAUAUAUUUGUAAUAUGUACAUGCCCCAUUUGAAAAAUGACAUUCAUUUUUUCUCUCACUUUGCCUUUUAUCUCUGGCCAAUGGAAUUAAUUAAUUUUGUUCAUAAUUUUUUAUUAACCAAUUUUUCCUUCUUCUAUAAUGAUAUUUUGUGCAUAUUUGUGAAUUAUCAAAAUAUCCCAUCCUAUGAAAAACGAAUGCGGUCUUUAAAAAACUAUGAGUUUGUUAAGCAGAAAUUAAGUGAAUAUGUGAAGGGUCUCGAUCGCCCAGAUAUUUUCCAAUCAGUGGAAUCCUUCCUAAAGCAGACGAAUUUCUUCAACACGGGUAAGGCGAAUGAUCAGGGGGACACAGCUCCAAGUGCGGGAUACUCCGAAGGGGCGCAAUUGCCCAUGGAAGACGAGAAUAAUUCUGACGAUUCAAAAAACGAGGGUGACUACAAACACGGAGAAGACACCGACGAGGAGGCCCAGGAGUGCCUGCAGAAGAACGAAAUAUCACAAAAAAUAUUGCUCGAAGAAAUUUUCGUUCGACUCUUCAUGCAAGCAGUAGAUUUACUGGAAGAUAACAAAAUGGUCACCAAAAUGAAAAAGGGAAACGUCUUCCUAAAUUUUGUGAGUAUCCAUUACGUGAAUUCCUUGUGCAAUUUUGUUAUUACGAAGGUAGAAAAGGUGUACCAAAAAAAUAGAGAACAAUUCUGGGCCAAUUUCUCCACACUCCUGAACGAAUCACCAGAAGAGGAAAAAAAAAAAAUGACAGAUCAGGAGGAGACAACUGUAGAAUUGCGAUACAUUUUACACUUUUUCCUCAACGCAAUUGAUAAUUUCCUAAGUAUCUGCAUCAGAUCUUCGAUAUUUUUUCAUCUAUACUUAAACACAUAUGCCAAUUGUGUAAAAAAAGAAGUGAGGACAAUAUUGUUGACAAAAUUUGUAGCCUCCCUUCCCUUGUUAAAAUCCCUUUUCCAUGAGGAAUUUUUUAGGAUUUUGAAAUAUAAUAAUAACAAGUGGAAUAACCAGAAUGUGCAAAAGGGAAAAGAAGAUGAGGAGAAGAAGCAAGAAGACGGUGCUGAUUCGGAAACAAAUGUCAUGCGAAAUAGUGUGGAAGAGGCUGAGCAGGGAAAAGACAUGGAAAAAGAAAAGAAAAAUGAACAGAAAAAUGAUGGUACAAAAGGGGAAGAAAGAGACGAUAAUAUCGAAAACAGCUCCUUCCAAGUUAAUAUAGAAAUUAUAAAAUACAUAAGCAGAAAUUUGAGUGAAUACACAAGCGCAUCGUCUGUCCCCUCGUGGGAAAAUCGCACAAAUUUUUUUAAUUUCUGCUACAAUUUGUACUUGGAAAAUAACAACAUAUAUUUUAUUAUCGAAUUAGUUGCCUUCCUGAAGAAGGAGCAAACUGUGCAUAUAUUUAAUGAAAUAAUUAAAAGUGAUCUGGAAGAAAAUACAAAAGUGGACCUCCUCAAAUUCUGCAUCAACAAAAUUGUAAAGUUGCCAUAUUUUUACAUUGCUGAAAAGCAAAAUGAAAAUGAAAAUGAAUCCUACUACAUCACCAAUAUUGAAAUUUUUUACUUUUAUUACAAUUUGAAUAAAAAUAAAAAUAUCCAAAAAAUUAUGCUAGACUAUUUUGUUACCAAAGUCAACUUACACACUGUUGAUGAUCAGGAAAACAAAAUGUUCAACGAUAUUACAAUAAAAGAUUUGGCAAAUAUAAUUCAGCAGAUUGCGGAAAAUAGUAAUGCCAUAUUCCCCAUUUAUGGAAGAUUCCUAUGUCAAAUUAGCAAAAAUAUUAACAUUUUACGCGAAUUUAUAAGUAGUAUUAUUAUCCCCCUAUUAAUACAAAAAAAAAUUUGGAACAACAAGGUUAUAUGGAAGGGCUGCUUGAUGUGCAUAUCCAUGCUGUGGCCCGACUUCAAGCACUCCCUUUUUUACGUUUUUUUUAUGUUGCCUGCGGACGAAUGCGCCACGCUGUUCAACGCCCUACAGCAGAAGUAUCCCCUAGCCAGUGACCUCAUCGAGCUAAUAUCACCCAACGACCAAGCGAAGCGUAUGUGCCCGGAACAUUUGAAGAAUCUGCUAAACAGCUGA